AUUUUUAUAUAGAUGAUGCCGCGUAGUUCUCAGAGGUCACACUCUCUGCGGUCCUGGUUGUUACUUUGUAAACGAGAUGCCGCCACGUUCUUCAAGCUCGCCAAGCUCGCCGCGUUGUUGCCGUUGGCGGUAGUGUCGGAUUGAACGAGUUUCAUCCAGUGCCUCCUCUGUCUCUUCGGACUUCCAACUUUAGUCCUUAUUCUAUGGUUCUGUGAUUCCUGGUUCCCUGUUUUGAAUGAUUGGGCUUGCUGCUGAACCACGCAAGCAUCAUGGAAAACUUGCGGAAGUAUUACACAGUGAUAUAUGCCCAGUGUUUUUCCCCUUGCAACAAGUACCUCGUGGCAGCGAGUAGUUACGGGGAGAUUGCGGUCUUCGUAGCGUCCAACUUCUUGUCCGGCGAUGACGAGGAAUAUUCCAGGGAGCCCUUCUACAAGUUCGCGGCGCACUCGGGCAGUAUUUUCGCCCUGGUCAUGUGCGACCACUUCUUGAUCAGCGGAGCCAGCGGAGAGAUAUUUGCCUGGAACUGGGACAAGCUGAAGAGGAGGUCGGCCGAGAAGUGCUGGGCCCUCAGCAUACCGCAGGGGGAAAGCAUCGUCCAACCCGAAGUAAACGCCCUGGUUCUCUCCGGUAAAGACUCGGAGCAGAGGCUUCUCAUCGCCGGCUGCGGAGACAACAAAAUUUACGUCUGGGACAUCGAGACGAGGGUGCUGCUGUCGACGCUCGCGAGACACACGGACUACGUUCACGACCUCGCUCUGGCGUCGAACAACACCCAGCUGUACUCUGCGGGCGAGGACGGUGCCGUCCUCUGCUGGGACGUGCGAAGCCUUCAUCGGGAGGUUUUCCACAUAGAACCGUUCAAGCAGGAGGAACUCCAGCGCCCGCGUUUCGGCAAGUGGAUUGGCUGCGUCGCGCUGGACGCCGGCGACGAAUGGCUCCUGUGUGGCGGCGGCCCCAACCUGUGCAUCUGGCACGUCCCCACGUCGUCGCCUGCGACGCCGCUGACCGAUCUCGCGAGGCCCGCGCACGUGGCCCACUUCUACGACGACAUGGUGGUCGCAGGUGGUGGCGAGCCGAACCUCUACCACUGGGACUUCAGCGGUCAGCUCAAGGCGAAGAUCGACACGUCGGCGUCGAGCUUGUACAGCGUCGUCUUUCACCUCGAUCCCCCUCACAAGGGACUCUGUGCGGCAGGUUCGAGCUGCAAAAUCGAAGUGUGCACAAAUUUUCUCUACCGGGACUUCUCUUUGCACUUCUAGUGUCACAGCCUCAUCUCUCAUGUCCUCACCAUUAAACACCUCAUUGUCAAAAAAGAAAAGCAAAGGAAACGUUGAGUCUUGGCCCCGUGGUCAGAGCGGUCCAAGCCGACUGCAAGAGGUCGUUGGUUUGGCACCCAUGGCUGCCAGCAAACAUAUCCAGUGUUUGAAGGCAGGGUCUUCUUUGGCAACUUCAGGUCGAUUUGGGGUUCGUGGGAUCUGGACAUCUGGCCACUUUCGUCUCAAAAUUAGAUGAUUUGAGGUGCACGUAGGAUGAAAAACGUGUCAAAAUGAAGCUUGGAACAAAAAAAGAUGCGCCGAGUUAGCGUAGAGCUAUGUAUGGAACAGUAAUAUUGUGUAAUUAGCGCGAAAAGGCUGAAGUGAAACCUAGAAGCACUCAUUCAAAUUGUGCAUGCCUAAAAUCACAAGUGUGGCUUUAUUCUAUGAAAAACGUGGGCCAAUUCCUGCUUCACGUUGUAGGCCUCAGUUUCAAGCGUCAUAAUUCUGGUAGUAUGCCACUGACAGCUGCAACACACCAGUUAACAGAAAUAGCAUGUACCUGCAAGGGAGUAUUAACCAGGAAUUGCAGUGAUGAACACAUGUAAUAAUCUCAUUUUACCACUAACUUGAUAGCAAAGAUUUUCAACAUCCAUAAAGCGACUGAAAAGUGAAAAGACUAGUUUGUGAUGGGAGCCUCAAUGGAAAAAAAAAGGAAAAGUGCACUAUUGUUGAGGAAAUGGUCGAAUUGUGACGUCAACUGCCCUGAAGAUUCUAUGUAGUUGUGCCUUACCAGGCAAGACCCAGGCUGCUUCUGCCUAAAGAUAAGAUAGCGGUAGCAUCCGAGAGGCUAAGUCCGAUUAGCAAUUCAGAACCAUGCCAUAGGCAAAAGAGGAGAGUGUUCCAAAUAUAAAUCCUUGCACAAACUUUGACAAUGUGAACCCACACCUGCCUACGUAAAGUUAUAAUUGUGGAAUUGAGCACUGUAGAAGUCUCGUUGACACCUUGCACUGUCCUGAUGAACAUUUCAGGGGCACACCAAAUGUUUGUAAUCUGGUGCAAUUAAGGAUGCAUUUUUUUU